AGUAUGUAUGGCUCCAGCGCUAACUCGUAUUAGUGUUUUUAUUCGUAAUUACAGCCUAAAAGAUAGAAUUAAGAGCUAAUUUAUUAAAUACCGAGACACGUUGCUUCAUGGUAUGUUGUUUAACUCUGCGCCCGCCUAAAAUGGGAUGUUUUUCUUUCCGUCUUCUAUAUUUGGGUGAACUCUGCAGGAAGCGUCAUGUCGGUUGCUAGCUAGCAAGUUAUCUUCCUAACACACUCGUCCCUUAAAGUGUCCGUCAGCCAGCAACAUGAAAGUCCGCUCGUCUGUGUUUGCCUCGUUCAUUUUAAUAUUUGAAGUGAUUGGCGUCGCCCUCUUCCUGCGGGGAUUUUUUCCUGUGCCUGUUAAGUCUUCUCUCUCAUCCAAGAACAGGCUGUCAGAUCUGCCAGCGGAGCCGCUGACAGGAGGCGCUCCUAACUCCUCUCGCCUCCCCCAGCCCCUGUUUAAAAGGGUGGUUAUUAUGUUAGUGGAUGCCCUCCGGGAGGACUUUGUGUUUGGACCCAAUGGUCGCAUGAAUAUGCCCUACACCAGACACCUGGUGGAGAGGGGCUCAUCGCACAGCUUUGUGGCCAAGGCAAGACCUCCGACAGUCACCAUGCCCAGGAUCAAGGCUCUAACCACUGGCAGUAUCCCAGGCUUCAUUGAUGUGGUAAUGAACCUGAAUUCUCCUGCACUGCUGGAAGACAACCUCGUUUGGCAAGCCAAAACAGCAGGGAAGAGGAUGGUCUUCUACGGAGACGACACCUGGGUGCGCCUCUUCCCCAAACACUUCAUGGAGUACGACGGCACGACCUCCUUUUUUGUGUCCGACUACACUGAGGUUGACAACAAUGUGACCCGUCACUUGGAUAGCACCCUAAAGAGAGACGACUGGGACAUUUUGAUCCUCCACUACCUGGGACUUGACCACAUCGGUCACAUCAGUGGACCUCACAGCUCUCUCAUCCAGCCUAAACUGCUGGAGAUGGACGACAUCCUGAAGAAGAUUCACAGCGCCCUCGUUUCAAAGGAGGCAGAGGGAUCCUUGCCCUACCUGCUGGUUCUGUGCGGAGACCAUGGCAUGUCAGAGACGGGCAGCCACGGAGGCUCCUCGGAGCCAGAAGUCAAUACGCCCCUGGUGCUCAUAAGCCCGGCCUUCAAAAGAAAAGGGGGAAUGGAGAAGCCUGGAGUGGUGGAGCAGGUUGACCUGACUCCAACCCUGGCCCUGGGACUUGGCCUGCCCAUAUCUCAGAACAGCGUGGGUCGCGUCAUCCCGGGCGUCUUGGAGGAAACCUCACUGCGAGACCAGCUGCGCUUCCUGCAUCUCAAUGGCCACCAGCUCAGCUGCCUACUCAAAGACAGCAUGCCCGACUACGAGAAAGAGGCAGGCUUUGAGCAUUUCCGCGUGGCAGAAAAGGCUCAUGGGAGCUGGAUGAAGCUCUUAAUGGAGGGCAACACCUCUGAGGUGCUCUCCAGCAUGGGCAAAAAGGUGCUGAAGCAGUAUCUGGAGGCCCUGACUGCCAUGAGCUCGGCCCUCAGCAAACAGCUGGGAAAGUACGACAUGUACUCCAUGAUCGCAGGCAUGGUGUUCGUGUUUCAGCUCCUGUUGGUCUUACUGCUGGCGAUGCCUGAAGCCCUCAGCGGUGACGCAGCAGUGGACCUCCCGGUCCUCUCAGCUCUGCUCUCCUUGCCUUUCUACCUCCUGUGCCUGCUGCUCGCUUCAGUGCACGUCUUGGUGUGCACGUCGGCAGAGAGCUCCUGUUACUUCUGCAGCCUCUCCUGGGGUCUGGUGUUUGCUGCUGUUGCCUUCUCCUCAGCAAUGUUUUGUAUUCUUGUCUCCAUGGCAACGCGCCGACUCCCCCUGGGACCAAAGAUUCACGGGAAGUCUCCAUUGCGGAGCAGCGAGUGGUCACUGUCAGAGCUGGAUGUGUUGCUGCUGGCCGGCACGGUCGGACACACUCUCAGCUUGGCGGCCAGCAGCUUCGUAGAGGAAGAGCACCAAACCUGGUACUUCCUGCUCAACACCCUCUGCCUCGCCGUCUUCCAGGAUGUCUGCCGCAAAUACUUCAGAGAGCAGAGAGGUUCUGGAGAAGAAGAAGAGUCUAUCCUCCCUUCCAAAGACAGUCAUCCCUCUGCUCACCCCAAGGCUGAGAUUUCCUCAGAGAAGUGGCUAGCGUUAGCCACUCCGCCAUUCACUCUGGUCUGCUGCCGACUGCUGCGCUCCCUCAACCAGACCGGAGUGCAGUGGGCUCAUCUUCCAGACGUGGGACACUGGCUCAACAGCUCGGAGCACAGGACCGUACUCUCCCUGCUGGCUGCCUUCUGUUUGGUUCUUAUCUACCUCCUGGUUCAAAGACGGUGCUCGUGGGUCUCCAAGGUUGCCCUCGCUCUCGGACUUUUGGGUGUCUACAGCUACCGGGCAGCUGUCGGCAAUGUCUUGUUUCCCUGGCAACACUCGGGUCGAACUACGUCCAAGGGAACGGUGGAGGCGCGCUUUGUUUACGUCUUCAUCUUGGGCAUCCUCUUCACGGGCACCAAAGACCUGUUGCGAUCCCAAAUUCUCACAGCAGAUGCCAAGUUGAAGAGCAGGGGAUUAUGGGAGAUUUACAGCGGCUUGGUCUUGUUGGUUUCCCUGUUGUUUCGUGCUCACAACCUGCCGGUCCUCUGCUGCUGCCUGUUAAUCCAGACUCUCAUGGCUCAGUUUAUCUGGAAGAAACUCCAUUAUGACGCAGCCCAAACCACCAUCAUGCAUUACUGGUUCGGACAGGCCUUCUUUUACUUUCAGGGUAAUUCCAACAACAUCGCCACUGUGGACAUCUCAGUCGGCUUUGUUGGGCUGGAAAGUUACGUUGAAGCGCCUGCCAUCUUCCUAACGGCCCUCAGCACUUACGCGGGGCCCCUGCUGUGGGCGUGUCACCUCGUCUGCUACCUCAGCUCAGAGAGAGACAGGAGCCCGGUUGCAGUCGGCCAUGGCUGCUACUGCUUGGCCCUGCUGCGGUCUGUGCCAGCUGCAGCCUACAUUGUGCUGGUAACUGCUCUGCGGUACCAUCUCUUCAUAUGGAGCGUCUUUUCACCCAAAUUACUGUAUGAGUCCAUGCACCUGCUGCUGACUGCAGGAGUCUGUCUCUUUUUCAACACGAUGGAGCAAAGCCACAAUUCCAGUAAGUCUUAGUAGGGGGGGAGCAAAGACACAGAUCAUCCUUUAAGAGAAGUCCAAGAGUACGGCCAUGUCUCUUCAUACUGUGUGUAAGACUGAUACACACUAUAAUAUGCUUUCCCUCACGCUGUAGUAUCCUGAUCUCUUCAUAAUACGGGAACAGACGCUUCACAAAGGCUCCUCCUUCUCAACUCUGUAGGUUUGGUUUGCAAAAAAUACUUUGAGAAUGCACUAACAAUGUAUUUUUUGAGCAGUCUAUUUAAAUAUUUCAUUCUUUCCAAGGAAAAUGAAUAAAAGUGAAACGAUACAAAGGA